CACCGUAUGGGAGUGGUUUCUUAGAAUCGAAUGAAUCCUGCUGAAUUGCUGUGUCUGACGAGGCUGACCCGUGCUGCCGAGACCCUCAGGAAGACCAUGCUGUCCCUCCUGCUGCCCACUCUGCUUGCUGUGCAAGCUCUCGCUGUCCUGGAAGUGUAUGUCCCAGAGCUGCCAGUGGUGGCGCUGUAUGGCAUGGACAGCACCCUCAACUGUUCCUUCAGCCACGCCUCUCCCUUCAACCUGUCUGACCUCAGUGUCUUCUGGCAGCUGACGGACACCAAGCGCAGUGUGCACAGCUACUGGGCUAGCCAGGACCAGCUGGUAGACCAGGGAGAGCGCUACGCCAACCGCACCAGCCUGUACCCCUCUCAGCUGGGCGCGGGCAACGCUUCGCUCCUCUUGAGAGGGGUCCGGGUGGCCGAUGAGGGUAGCUACACCUGCUUCGUCAGGGUGAAGGACUACGGCAGUGCAGCCCUACUGCUCCAGGUAGCAGCCCCCUACUCCAAGCCUCUGGUGACCCUGGAGCCGGACUCCAACCUGCGGCCGGGUGACGAGGUGGCGCUGACCUGCGUGGCGUACGGUGGCUACCCUGAGGCUGACGUACUGUGGCAGGACGGGGGCGGGCACAACCUGACAGACAACGUCACCACCUCCCUGGUGGCCAAUGAGGAGGGGCUGUUCAGCAUGCUCAGUGUCCUGACUGUCACCCUGGAGCCCAAUAGCACUUACAGCUGCAGACUGACCAACCCAUUAUUGGGCGAGGACGGCCACGCCUCCGUCACCAUCACAGGUCAGAACAUGGUGUUUCCCCCGGUGGCUCUGUGGGUGACGGUGGGCCUGGCUGUGUGUCUGCUGGGUCUGCUCAUCGCCCUGGCUGCAGUCUGCCGUAGGAAGAUCAAGGAGAGCUGUGAGGAGGACAGAGCAGCCAAGGAGCUUGAAGAGGCCAAAGAGCUGCAGGAAGAGGACCAGUCUAAGACAGCCAUGACCCCCCUGAAAAGCUAAAGACAAAAGAACACAGGGAGCAGAGACGACACAUCACUUUGAGGAUCCGCACUCUUCUCUUUUUUAUAAGAAUGAGGAAGAGAUAACGAGGCGAAGAAAUAAAGUGAGAUAUAAAAAUGGGAAAUGGUUCCUGGAGCAUUUCAAGUAUAGCUGCUGUGCCGUGGCUCAUCGUUGAGAGUGAGAGAGACAGCGAGAGCAAGAGAGCUGGCGUGAGGUGUGGAAUAAGCUUCGCUUGGCGUGUCGGUGUGACCUUUGGGUGUUUCUGGGGAGAGGGCAGGCGCCAGGCGGUGACGCGGCUCCUCGGGUUACUGUUGUCUCAGCGCCGCGGCGAGGCUCGUCUGAUGUUGAUGAUGUCAGACAGGACACUUACGCUGGGCUAGAGCUCUCCUGGGAGGUGUUGGCUAUGGAAUCACCCUCUCCGACUCGCUCUCCUCAUCCUCUCCUCAUCCUCUCCUCAUCCUCACAUCUGUGCAUUAUUUAGCUUAUUGUCUCAGCCAUUUAUCAGGAUAAUGACUCUGCAAGCGUAUAAUACUGUACUGUACAUUUCUCCAAGUGACAUGCACCAGAUACCUGAUGAUGACCACUGAGGAAAAGCCAAUAAAGAGAUGUGCAGAAAACUGCAUCAUAUUGAUAUUGGAGGAUGGUCUAGGAUGGAUAGUUGUGCUGCUCAGAAUAUCACUGACUGCAUAGUAUUUUGUAGCUUUGCUUGGGGAGGAUUGGCGCGGAGCCAUACGCGUCAGAAUAGUGGAGAUAAUAAUGCAGUGAAAAAUAAAAUACAAGGACCAAAGUUGCUGGGCUGGCUGUACUUUUUUUUGGACCUUAAUAACGAUUUUCAUGACAAGAAACUCGUAAUAUCAGUGUGCAGUGGCAGGCAGCGGGAGUGUGGGGACUGAAUCACUGAUCAAUGACAGCUAAUGAACACGGCAGGAGUUCUGCUCUGUUUGCCUCUCGACAGAGAGCCCCGCUCUUCUGAGAGAUAUUUUUCUCCUAUUUUGCACCAAAAAAAAAAUACAGGAGGCUUCGUUGAAACCAACUGCCUCUAGGCUCAAUUAACUAGCACAGAUUACUCAUAAUGCAGAUGAGGAGCCUGGGUAUGUAAUACACAGCAUGGAGACCACUCACCUUCCCUCCUCCCUCACUACAACUCUAUGCCUUGGGGCCCGGUGACAGUGCAGUGCGGUGGGUUGCGGUGUGCAUGCAGCGGCACAUAUAUACAUGACAUAUGGAGUGUCUCAGGCGAUCUAUGGAUCCUGAAGGCUGUUUAUCACUCCAUCAUGGUGACAUGGUACUGAGUCGUGUGCAGUCAACACAACACAGAGCUCUGGUGUCACCUGGCUGUCAGCAACACUUAAUAUACUUGGCUCAGGGUCUCUGGUCGCUGCUGCUGUCCUGAUGCCCCUGGCCUAACUGUCCAAUCCCCCUUGCAUUACAUGGAUGGAGAGAUACUCCUCCAGAGCAUUCAUCACGUCCUCCAUCACCCCCGCCGGGGCAGAGGGCCGGGAGCCUGGCACCUGCACUGUUGUCUCUUCUCUCAUUGGCCACAUGAGGUGUCCUACUGGGGUUGGUACUUUUAUAGAGGCCUCCACUGGCAUACAGUACACAGUAGCACACACCUUCAGACAUUUUUACAGUUUUUACAAAUGUCAUCUCAAAUAUGAGCUGGUAUAAUUGUGUUGAAACACUGUUCUUUUAAAUUGGUUAAAUGAAAUACAUACUGCUAAACUAUUGUCAGCAAAGGAAAGGUGUGUGUUGAGAACAUCAAGAGAAUUACAGAAGGCAGAAAUGUAAAUAGAGUAGUUAGCAUACCCAAAUGGGAAUAGGCACAAAUAUGCUGGAUUUGUAGACUGUGAGGCUGCGUUUACAGUCAGCCCAAUUCUGAUAUUAUUUCCACUAAUUGGUCUUUUGAUCAAUCACAUCAGAUCUUCUCACCUCAGAUCUUUUUCCAGAGCUGAU